GAGAGAGAGCAAGAAUUCAUCGUCAUCUUCAUCGCCGAUCGCCAUCCGCCGCCUCGAUACAACUCUGGUCUGCCCAUUAUUCUGUUAGAUCUCUUCUGAUCAGGUGUUAGUCAUGUGGCGAUUGACUGCUAAUGCCUGAUGCCAUCCCAAAUUUGAUUCCAUCGUAUAGUUUGAAUUAAUGCAUGCUAGCAGCAUUUGAAAUAUAAUUGGUUUAGCUUUUGAAUGGUUUCGCAAGUGCYAUGGAUAUAAAUCUAACGUGAGUUAAAGAUCGUCAGUUAACGAAUCAAAACAGCAAAACUUGCGACAUUUAUGUCAGAGCCAUGGAGUCCUUUUUCUAAUUGUAAUCGAAACUCAUUUGCUUCAAAAUUCGAGUACAURCGGAAUUGAACAUCACAUCAUGUCAAUUUUGAUUUUUCAUUGCUUAUAAUUCAUCUUUAUGAAUGUUUGCAACAUCUGAACAACAUCGGGCCUUCCAUCGAACUCCUUAUGUUUGUUAUGGUUAUUUUUACUUGUCAGUAUUUUCUACAUAAAUUUUGAAUUUUAAAAUAAGCAUUUUGGAUUAUAAAUCCUAGUAAAUUUCACUGUAUCUUCAGAAUGGAGGGGAUACAUGUUCUUCAGCUUCCAGGCCUUGAUAUUUGAACCUCUGGUUGUGAAAUCUACAAAAUGGUAUUCCUAAGUUUAUCUCGGUGCUUGUUUAUUCUAGCCCCUUAUCAUCUUUCUACCUAAAAGCUUCAUAUUUAUGCAUCUGGCCUCUAGAAUUCUUGCUYAAAAGCUACAACUUUGGACUCAAAUGCCAAAGAAAUUAAAUGACUAGAAAAAAAGGUUUUUUACUUUCACAGAGAAAUAAGCUUUGUGAAAUUGACAUGAUAGGGUACCAAUAUUGGAUAAAAGCUCUUUGUUUUCGAAGUGCACUUGUCAUUUCUUUCAACAUUGCAAUUAGCUGUCGAAGAUGGUUAGGAAACUUUCUAACUGCCCUUUCCUCCCUCUUUCCACAUGCAUAUAUGCACAUAUCAGAAAUGGGAUUCAUGGAUGCAUAAAGAGGCACUUUGCACAUGGAUAUAACACAUGAAGAAAUAGUUUCUGGGAAGUGAAUAUGUUGAAAAACUUCCGUAUCACAUAAGUGGACGAUAGAAAAAUUACUAAAAGUCAGRGAAUUUUUACUUGUAUGAAUAAUGUAUGCAUGUCUAUGCUGUGUGUUACAGACAUUCACUCUACUUUAUCUUAUUCUUCUUCAGAAAGAUGAUGUAGAAUUGAUUUUGGGAUCCAUCCAAAAAAUGGGACACUUCAAAUUGCAUUUUCUUGCAGAUCAUUUAUGGAAACCUAGCAAUAACGUGAUAUAGUGUGACAUAUGCAAGCAAUGGGGACUGAAAAUCCUGACCGUGCAAAUACUUAUCAAGGGACAACUGCUACUCCUUUUGCGGCUCCUAGAAGCAACAUGCCCAUUUCUUCAUCUCAUCCGGUGGUUGGAUCAGAGGCCUCUGCUUUCAGGCCAACAUCAAUCUCUGCUUCUAUGAGUACAGUGCCUGCUACUUCAAGUGCAACUCCAUUUUUUCCUUCUGGGCCUGCUAGUGGAGCUGGGACUCCUGGUUUUAGACCCAUGCAACCAGGUAGGCCUACUGCUUCCUAUGGCCCACCAAUGACAGGACCUGUCCAGCGGUUCCCAACUCCACAGUUUCCCUCAACACCUCAAGCACCCCCACCACAAACUUCCACUGUGGGGCAGCCUAUAUUGCCUCCAACAAUGAGACCUCCUCCUCCAGGUCAUGUUCCAUCAAUGUCGACUUCCCUAAAUCGUCAGCCCCAGAUACCACCAGUACCAAUGGGAUCUCCACCUCAAAGCUUGUAUAGUGUUUCUUCUAGCAGUAAUCCUCCAAUGUCAUAUGCAGAUUCACCAUAUUCUGCUUCCAGGCCAAACAUGCAGCAACCUGUGCCCUCAACGGGACUGCCUUAUYCUGGUGCUGUUCAGGCCUCUCCACCAUCUGCUUUACCUGGUUAUCCAGGUAUACAGGGUAGCACAGUAACGCCACCACCGCCACCACCACCAGUUUCUCAUCMAGGAGGCUAUGCCCCACCUCUUUCCACUGCAAAUGCUCCUUUUUCUUCUCAUCAAGGUGCAUAUGGAUCAGCACCACCAGUUGCAUCUUCAUCAGGAAUGUAUGCAGGAGGGUCCGCACCUCCUACGGGAGGUGUGUCGGGUUUGGUAGAAGACUUCAGCUCACUUUCUCUAGGAUCUACUCCUGGAUCAUUUGAUGUUGGGCUUGAUACUAAAAUGUUGCCAAGACCACUGGAUGGGGACGUAGAACCAAGUUCUUUUGCUGGGAUGUAUCCCAUGAAUUGCAAUUCUAGAUAUCUACGACUCACGACCAGUGCUAUACCGAAUUCACAGUCUCUGGUUUCGAGGUGGCAGUUGCCUCUUGGAGCAGUUGUUUGUCCCCUAGCAGAAGCUCCUGAGGGGGAGGAAGUUCCAAUAGUUAAUUUUGCCACAACAGGCAUUGUUCGUUGUAGAAGAUGCCGUACAUAUGUGAACCCAUAUGUGACUUUUACAGAUGGUGGAAGAAAGUGGAGGUGCAAUAUAUGUGCUUUGCUUAAUGAUGUGCAAAAUGAUUAUUUUGCUCCUUUGGAYGCCAAUGGAAAAAGAAUUGAUCUAGAUCAACAUCCUGAGCUUAUAAGGGGUUCCGUGGAAUUUGUUGCUCCAGCUGAAUACAUGGUUCGGCCUCCAAUGCCACCACUGUACUUUUUUAUGAUCGACGUAUCAAUAUCUGCAGUUAAAAAUGGAACACUCGAGGUGAUAGCGCGGACUAUAAAAUCUUGCUUGGAUAGAUUGCCGGGCACCCCCAGAACACAGAUUGGGUUCAUAACUUUUGACAGCACAAUUCAUUUUUACAAUAUGAAGUCGUCUUUGACACAGCCUCAAAUGAUGGUCGUCUCAGAUUUGGAUGAUAUUUUUAUUCCAUUGCCAGAUGAUCUCCUUGUCAACUUGUCAGAAUCUAGAUCUGUGGUGGAGGCUUUCCUGGAUAGCUUGCCUUCCAUGUUUCAGGAUAAUGUUAAUGUGGAAUCUGCUUUUGGGCCGGCCCUCAAAGCAGCGUUUAUGGUUAUGAGUCAACUUGGAGGAAAAUUGUUAAUUUUCCAGAGUACUCUUCCCUCACUUGGUGUUGGUGGCUUGAGGUUGCGGGGAGAUGAUCUUCGUGUUUAUGGAACAGAUAAGGAGCAUGCCCUAAGAAUACCGGAAGACCCAUUCUAUAAACAGAUGGCAGCUGAUUUUACUAAAUUCCAGGUUGCAGUGAAUAUAUAUGCAUUCAGUGACAAGUAUACUGAUAUAGCUUCACUAGGUACUUUGGCUAAAUACACUGGUGGCCAGGUAUAUUAUUAUCCAAGUUUUCAUUCUGUCAUUCACAAAGACAAGUUGAGUCAUGAGUUGGCUAGAGACCUCACUAGAGAAACUGCCUGGGAAGCUGUAAUGCGCAUCAGAUGUGGAAAAGGAGUGCGUUUUACUUCGUAUCAUGGGAACUUUAUGCUAAGAUCCACAGAUCUAUUAGCACUUCCAGCCGUUGACUGUGAUAAAGCUUAUGCAAUGCAGUUUGCUCUUGAAGAGACGCUGCUCACAACUCAGAUUGUGUAUUUCCAAGUGGCUUUACUAUACACUGCGUCUUGUGGUGAAAGGCGUAUUAGAGUACACACAGCUGCAGCAUCGGUGGUUGCAGAUUUAGGAGAGAUGUAUCGCCAAGCAGAUACGGGUGCUAUUGUCUCUUUGCUUGGUAGAUUAGCAAUCGAAAAAUCUUUGUCGUAUAAAUUGGAAGAUGCUCGUAAUGCUAUCCAACUGAGAAUUGUCAAAGCCCUCAAAGAAUAUCGAAAACUCUAUGCGGUACAGCAUCGUGUAGGAAACAGGAUGAUCUACCCAGAAUCACUGAAAUAUUUGCCGUUAUACGGACUAUCACUAUGUAAAUCAACUGCACUUCGUGGUGGGUAUGCUGAUGCGCAGCUUGAUGAACGCUGUGCAGCGGGUUUCACCAUGAUGGCCUUACCUGUUAAAAAAAUGUUAAAGCUCUUAUAUUCUAGCUUGUUACGAGUAGACGAGUAUCUUGUGAAGACACCUACUCGGGAUGAUGACUUUAACAGAGUUUGUAAAAGACUGCCACUUGUUGCUGAGAGUUUAGAUUCCAGAGGGAUUUAUAUAUUUGAUGACGGUUUUCGUUUUGUUGUGUGGUUUGGUCGCAUGCUUUCACCUGAUUUAGCCAGGAAUUUAGUCGAGGAACAUUCAGCUUCAGACUUCUCAAAAAGCCAGGUGUGUCUGAGCGAACGAGACAAUGAAAUGUCAAGAAAGCUGAUGGGGAUACUAAAGAAACUUAGAGAGGCUGAUCCAUCAUAUUAUCAACUUUGUCAUCUAGUGAGACAAGGUGAACAGCCUCGGGAAGGUUUCUUUUUACUCUUGAAUUUAGUCGAGGACCAGGUUGGUGGUAUGAAUGGCUAUGCUGAUUGGCUGCUUCAGAUACAUCGACAAGUCCAGCAAUAAUGCAGGAGGAUAUACAUACAAUACAUACAAAGCGUUGAGUAAUGGUUGAUGAGAUGAUAAUUUAUAUCUGUUUGGUAAGAGGUAGGGUAGAUGAUUGAUCGUUUUUUUGUUGAUGAAUUUUCGUAGGACGGUUUUACCCUAACGUUAAUAGACUUGUAAGUGUGUUUUCAUUUUUUGUCCUUCAACAAAUUUUUGUGUAAUUCCUUUUUCCUCAUAAAUUGUGGUUUGAUUUGUUCCAGA